AUGUCAGACCCCAGAAAAAACCCUGAGUCUAGACAGUCGAGAGACACAAGAUAUUUCAAAUGGUGGGAGCCGAACAGGGGGCUGCUGCGAAACAAGGAGAGGCCAACACUUUUCGAGGGCAAGGAAGGGUCCAGAUCAAAUGCCCAUCCGGAAGAAACGGCGACGCAAAGUAUGGUUCUGAGUGCUGGUUGGAGCAGAAAAUUGGAAGAUCAGUACUUCGAGAUUAAUCGAAUGGAGCAGAUCCUGGUUGGGGGAGGAAUUCUCGAGAUUCUGGUCUUGGGUAUUGGGUAUUGGGUAUUGGGUAUUGACCAUCGUCUGGUUGAGAGCAAGCCAAAGGCUCUCCGCUCCACUUUGCAUAUGAUUAGCACCGACAAAGGGCCGACUAGACGUGUCAACCGUGCUCACAUAAUGCGGAGUCCUGCCACUCAUAGAUUGGAAUUCAAUACCUCAUUUGCGAGCUGA